AGCCAAGGUACCGCCUACGGGCCCUGUUUCGCUCCCCCAUGUUCCCACUAAAAGCGCUGUGCCGACGCUCUCCGCGUCUCCACUAAAAAAAGGGUCCUCGCCUCCACGCCGUCCUCGCAAACACCACAACCACCGCCAAUUUGUAACCACCACUGCUCUUCAUCAUCACCACCAUCACUACACAGCACAAACCAUGGCGACCUCUACAGCAGCCGAGAUGCUCCCCAGAUUCCUCCUCCCCCGCCUAAGCUGGCAAGCCGCCCGCCCCGCGCGUCUGCAACACAACCUCGUCGCCGCUCGCCCGGCCGCUAUCCUCAACAGCCACAACAACAUCCACCGUCCAGCUCCUCCCCAGCAAAGCAUGAUCCUGCGCCGGGCCUUCUCCGCAACUGCCCCCCGCCUGCGCGACCACCACUUCGACACGCUCAAGUUCGUCAAGCGCCUCGAGAGCGAGGGCUUCACCGAGGAGCAGUCGGUCGCGAUGAUGAAGGUGCUCAACGACGUGAUUGAGGAGAGCAUCCAGAACCUGACGCGGACCAUGGUGCUGCGCGAGGACGCCGCCAAGGCCACGUACACGCAAAAGGUCGACUUUGCCAAGCUGCGCUCCGAGCUGCUCUCGGCGGACAGCACCGAGUCCAACACGACGCGCAACACGCACGAGCGCUUGACAAACGACGUGGCUCGUCUGAGCAGCCGUCUACGUGAUGAGAUUAGCCGCACGCAGGCGUCAGUACGCUUGGAUCUGAACUUGGAAAAGGGCCGUAUUCGCGAAGAGUCGGUCAGCCAGGAGCUCAAGAUCAAAGAGACGGAGACCAAGAUUGGCGAGGAGGUGGCGGCCCUGCGGGAGAAGUUGGAGCAGGUCAAGUUCCAGACGCUGCAGUGGCUGAUGGGUGUGUGUACUGGUUUUGCGGCCCUGCUGCUUGGUGCUUGGCGAUUGCUCAUGUAAACAUCUCGAACGUUCAUUUGAAGGAAAAGAAAAAGCAGAUCUUUCGUUUUGUUUUAUUUGUAUGUUAGCGUUCAUUUUUUACACCAGGUAUAUUCUUGGCGGCUUGUGGCAACAGCCGAUAUCUACAUAAUAGCUUAUACCACCGCAUCCAAUACACACCAAUUAAUACGUUUUCCUCGUCCAAAACGUCACAA